AUGUCGCGGAUUGAAGAGCUUCCAGAUGACUUCGACGAGGCGCUCAACCUCAACAAUGCUCCCCCCGAGGUUACCCAGGGUCUGCCCCAGCCGGGAUUUGACGCCUUCGCUGCCGGCAACGAAAUUCCCUUCCCGAUCAAUGAAGAGGCAUUGAAGGCGCGCAACACUGACCCAAAUGCGCCUGAGCUUCCCCCAGCCAUUGCGGCUGUCCAGUCGCAUACUUCGGAGGAGUUGAUGGCGAUGAUGAACAGGACUCCCUUGUUCAUGACCGAUAUUGAGAAUGCGGGCGACGAGAAGGGUGAAAAUGUGCUCCUCGAUGCCCUCCAGGCUUUGCAGAAUGAAGGCACCAGGGGCGAAGUUGCACAAACAUUCAAGGGACAAGGCAAUGAAGCUGUGCAGGAACUCAAAUGGAUCGACGCUAAAGAGUUCUACACGAAGGCUAUUGCUGUUAUCAAUGCCAAGGAAGAUAAAUGGGAGAAGCCCGAAGACCCCAAGGAGGAGGCAGCGCUCCUGCUCAAGUUGGAAGAGGCAUCACACAUCAACCGGGCGCUAUGCAACUUGGAGCUUGGAAACUACCGUUCCUGUACUCUCGAUUGUGCCGCCGCUCUCAAGUUCAAUCCCAAAAACGUGAAGGCCUUCUAUCGCUCCUCCUUGGCACUCUUCAAGCUGGACAAGAUCGCCGAAGCCGAAGAUGCGGCCGCCCGAGGACUGGCAAUUGAUCCGGAAAGCAAGGCUCUCAAGGAAUCCGCCAAGAAGAUUGCCGAGCGCAAGGCUUUGUUGGAGCGCGCCGCUGCUAGGAAAAAGGCGGAAGAAGAAAAGUUGCGCAAGCAGAACAUGAUUCUCAGCACUGCUCUGCGAGCCCGUCAGAUCAGAACCCGCAAGACUGAGCAGCCUCCCGAUAUGGAAGACGCUAAGAUCCGCCUCGUUCCUGAUCCUCUCUCGCCUGAAAGCACCAUCGAAUUCCCCGCCGUUUUCCUCUAUCCCACGGAGGCCCAGUCCGAUUUUAUCAAGUCCUUCUCGGAGAUGAACUCUAUCGCGGAUCAUCUCGAUUACAUCUUUCCUCUUCCUUGGGAUACCAAGAAAGAAUACACCGUGGAAGGUGUUGAGUGCUUCAUGCAAACCGUCUCUGGUGGUUUGAUCAAGGCAGGCAAGAAAGUCCCUUUGUUGCAAAUUCUUACCGGUGGUAAGGUUGAGGUGGUGGAUGAGCUCGUCAGCAUUUUCGUUGUGCCCCUGUCUAAGACCGGUAAAUUCAUUGCGGAUAUGAAGGCUCGCAAGACUGGCUGA